AUGGAAAGCUCGCUCCUACCACGGUCUGUACCCGCGGCGACAAAACAUCGCUCCGACAAAGUGCAUGGCAUCAUGAUGGGGAUCACGGUCAUCAUCGUCUUCCCUUUCGGCUCGAUCUGUUGGAGACUGCUCGACCGCGUCGUGAGCGGAAGGACGCUUUUCAGGAUCCACGUAUGCUGCCAGCUGCUGGGCCUGGGGAUGCUCAUAUCCGGGUUUGGUCUUGGGGCCUGGGUCUGCAUUAUUCACGACGAGGUAUACAACGACGCAUACGGCCAUGCCAUUCUCGGCACUAUCCUCACGGCUCUGUUUAUUCUCCAACCCCUCAUCGGCCAGUGGCAUCACUACCUGUACAAAUCUCCGAGCCGCAAAGGCAGACCAUGGAUCCGCAGAUUCCACAUGUGGCUGGGACGACUACUGAUGGCUGCGGCUAUUGUGAACGGCGCCACGGGCAUCGUGCUGGCUGCCAACACUCCUGGCGGCGAGAAGGGCUACGGCGCGGCGGCUGGGAUCGUCGGUGUGGCCUACAUUGCGAUCGUUCUGCUUUGGUACUGGAACAGAAGCAGACAGAAUGUUGAAGAGAGCAGCCGCCGUGACAUGCCGGUGGAGGGACACACGGAUAUGGAAAGCAAAACCAUUCCCGCUGUGAAUACAAAAGAGACUUUGACGACCACAGCAGCUCCGACUGGACGCGGGCCAUGGCAUAGACAGACAAGCACCGCCACUGAGUAA